AAGAAACCGGUGUUUGGCCUCGGUCUCCACGGAGUGAGGCGGGAGCCAGCGGCUGGGCGUGGGCGGAUGUUGACACGUGUGUGAGAGUGUAGAGUCGUGGGGUGUGUGUUUGUCUGUCGGUCCGUCUGUCUGUGCACAUCUUCACCUCUGCAUUACCUGUGUCCCUGAGCUUGUCGCCUUCUGCUCCUGCGCUCAGGGCCACAGGGGCGGACGCAGAGGGCCAGGCUUCGGGAAGGAGAGGUCGGGGACGGGGUCUGACGGAAGCUUCCCCUGAGGGGAGGAAGCUGAGGAAGAAUGACCAGCUCUAAGUCUCAAGACAUGGUCUGUGGUUCAGUGACAUUUAGGGAUGUGGCUGUUGACUUCUCUCAGGAGGAGUGGGCCUGCCUGGAUGCUCCUCAGAGGAUGUUAUACAGGGACAUGAUGUUGGAGAUCUACAGCCACCUCGUCACAGUGGUGGGAAGUUCGAUUUGCAAACCAGAUCUGAUCACCUUAUUGGAGCAGGAGAGAGAGCCCUGGAUGGUUGUGAAGGAAGAGACAGACAGGCUGAGCCCAGAUUUGGAGUCAUGUUAUGAAGCUGAGAAUAUAUCUCCAGACAAUCGUAUUUAUAAUAUAAAGCCACCCAAACAGAGCGUAAAGCAAUUAAGUAAAACUUUUGACCUUACAGGUUCCCAUUUUAGUAAUGGUCCCAACGAUACAUUCAAGGGACUACAAGGUUGUCAAGAAGGAGAUGCUAAUCAAAUUACUAACAAGGAAAAAAUGCCUACUCACACCUGCCAGACUCUUCCUACCAAUAUAGAAAAAGCGUACGAAUGUAAAGAGUGUGGGAAGUACUUUGGUUGUAGGUCAAAUCUUACUCAGCAUCAGAGUAUUCAUACUGGAGAGAAGCCCUAUGAAUGUAAGGAAUGUGGGAAGGCCUUCAGACUCCACCAACAGCUUACAAGACAUCAGAAAUCUCACAGUGGUGAGAAACCUUUCAAAUGUGAUGAAUGUGGAAAAGCGUUUCAUCUUCCCACCCUGCUAAAGUACCAUAAAACCAUUCAUACAGGUACUAAACCAUUUGAGUGUGAGGACUGUGGGAAGUCCUUCAAUCGUGUUUCUACCCUUUUUCAACAUAGGAUCAUUCAUGCUGGUGUGAAACCAUAUGAAUGUAACGAGUGUGGAAAAGCCUUUAAUCGACGAUCUAACCUCAUGCAGCAUCAGAAAAUUCAUUCUGGUGUGAGACCCUUUCAGUGUAAGGAAUGUGGAAAGGCCUUCACUAUGUUGGCACAGCUCACUCGGCACCAGAACAUUCAUACUUCAGAGAAAUCAUUUGAGUGUAAGCAAUGUGGGAAGAUAUUUAGCAGUGGCUCUUACCUUAUACGACACCAGAGUACUCAUACCAGUGAGAAACCUUUUGAAUGUACUGUGUGUGGGAAAGCUUUUAGGCUUCACCUAUACCUUUCUGAGCAUCAGAAAACUCACACUGAUGACAAACCUUUCAAGUGUAAGCUCUGUGGGUCAGCUUUCAGACGGAAGUACCAGCUCAGUGAACAUCAAAGAAUUCAUACUGAUGUGAAACCCUAUCAGUGCAAGGAUUGUGGGAAAUUCUUUCGUAGACGGUCAAAUUUUACUGAGCAUCAGAGUAUUCACACUGGAAAAAAACCCUUUGAGUGUAAAGAAUGUGGGAAGCUCUUUAGACUUAAUAUACAUCUCAUUCGACAUCAGAGAUUUCAUAGUGGUGAGAGGCCUUUUGAGUGUAAAGAAUGUGGGAAGGCUUUUCAUUUUUUCAGCCAGCUUAAUUACCAUAAAACAAUUCAUACAGGUGAAACACCUUUUGAAUGUAAGGAAUGUGGGAAAUCCUUCAAGCGUGUCUCCAGCCUUGUUGAACACAGGAUUAUUCAUGCUGGUGUGAAACCAUAUGAGUGUAAUCAGUGUGGGAAAGCCUUUAAUCGUCGCUCAAACCUCAUGCAACACCAGAAAAUUCAUUCUGGUGAGAGACCCUUUCAAUGUGAGGAAUGUGGAAAGGCCUUCACUGUUCUGGCACAACUAACACGACACCAGACCAUUCAUACUGGAGAGAAAUCAUUUGAGUGUGAGCAGUGUGGGUCAGCCUUCAGACUUCAGUACCAGCUUACCCAACAUCAGAGGAUUCAUACUGAUGUGAAAUCGUUUCAGUGCAAGGUAUGCGGAAAGGGCUUUCUUCGUAGUACAGGCCUUAGAAUCCAUGAGAGAAUCCACACUGGUGAGAAGCCAUUUCAAUGUAAAGAAUGUGGGGAAGCUUUUCAGUAUCACUACCAGUUUCUUGGACAUUUUAGAAUACAUACUGGCAAGAAUCCUUAUGAAUGUAAAGAAUGUGGGAAGUACUUUACUCGUGGUGGAGACCUUAAAGUACAUCAAAGAAUUCACACUGGUGCAAAACCUUUCCAAUGUUAAGACUGUGGGAAGGCCUGUAGUUGAAAUAAAACUUGGUUUGACAUGCUAAUCUUCACAAGAAGCCUUAUGAUGUAAGGAAUGUAGAAAACCAGUAAUUCUAAACUAGCUGUAUGUCAUAGAAUUCAUACUGGUGAGAAACGCUAUGAUGUAAGGUGUGAGAAAAUGUUUAGAUUAAGUUCAGCCUUCAGUGCAUAUCAGAGAAUUCAUAUUUUUAUGAAGCCCUAUUACUGUAAAGAAUGUGGAAAGACCAUCGACCAGGGCCCUGGCCUUCCUCAACAUAAAAGGACCCAUACUAUUCUUAAACUAUGCAAAGAAUGUAGGAACAUUUAUAAAAUAGCUGAGUUCUUAAAGCUCAUCAGAGCCUCCAUAUAUGUCUGAAACCCUAUGAAUGUAAAGAAUAUAGAAAAGCCUUUAUUGUAAAUGGUGAGAUUACACAACAUUAGAAAAUAAAGGUGGACAAGCCUUUGUAUGGAUAUUUUACUGACCAUCAAAGAACUCAAUAAGAAUGUAACUCAAAAGAAUGUGGGAACAAUUUUAAUCUGUUCUAGAAUUUGAGCAACAUAAGGUUGUUCAUAUGCUCUUGAUACCAAGAAAUCUUGAUAGAAUAAAAGUGUAGGAAGUUUGAUGUUUAAGAAAAUGUCCUAUUGAGAAUAUCUUUGUCAGUUUUAUAGCGUAGCCAUCAUGUUCUUGAUUUAUCUAAUUUUGAAUACAACUGUUAAUUGUAUAAACUUAAUUCUCCAAACACUGUUCAGCCGAUUUAGGAAGAGCAGUUAUUGGAACUAGGAGUAUCUGAGACAUCCUUUUUUUUGUUGUGUUAGAAUGGACUUUUACUUUGUCUUCAUUUCUUAAUGCUGGCCACAGUACUAGCCAAAGUUGUGGAAACAGGGUUAUAAUAGAUACAGAAUUCUUGAAACAGUAUUUGAUUUAUGCACAUGAUCUGUAAAGUAACUUUUACAGUAUUCUUGCUUUUAUUGGCAUUACAGUAACUGGUGUGAAAGGCAAAUUGUAUAGCAGGUAGUUUGGAAAAGCCUCAUGAAUUCUCCAAAAUUAAAUUUCAAAUAAAUUUAUUUUCAUUGAGAAUCCAUUGCUUGAGCUUUUCUGCAGAGAAAUCAAAAGCACAGCUGAUGGUGAAUAUGUACUUUUUACAGGGGUUACACACAAAACGUUCAAAAGGUAAAGCCCUGUAUGUCCCUGCCCAGACAUUAAGAUAAAGUACAUCUGUGACAGGGCAAGCCUGUGCACAGUCUCCUCCAUCUCAUAUUCUUGCUGACACCAUUUCAGGUUCGACUAGGAAAUUGAUUUCUGAUGGACAGUCUCAGGGAGAAAUUACCCAGUUCUACUCUGUGAACCGGAGGCCAAGAUGCCCCUGCUAAUUUAUCUUGGCUUCUGCUAAACUGCCUGGGGGUGCAGACCUCCCUCUUCAUCUAACUGCUUAUCUUGGCUUCUGUUAAACUGCCUGCUUUGGCAAAAACUCCACCUGCAGCUGCUGAGCAAGAUAACAGAAUGUGAUUUUUGCUUUUAAUAGCCCCUUGCUCUAAAUGCUUGGGGCUACACUGGGAUCCCAAAUACCUGAUUGUAAUCCCAGCCAACUGGAAUAAAGACUUUCAGUUAGCUAAAA